UUUUAUUUUAGCGUCUCGGAUUAUGUUUGUAUUGCAUUUAGACUAUGUGCAGCAGCAGGUUAGUGCUUGUGGGUCUAAAGGGGAGUCCAAAUUACUUGCUCCAGUGAGCGGCGCGCUCGAGGAGGAGCUUUUAAUUGCUCGCGUUCUCUCUCUCUCUCUCUCUCUCUCUCUCUCACUCGCUCACUUGCACACACACGCACGCACGCACGCACACACACACGCGCGUUCUCGCUCCCGGCAGUCAGUCGUGCAGUAGCGUGCGGCGAGUUGCGUCUGCAGCGCGCGCGGUAUGCUCUCGUGUCCGGUGUGUGCGCACAGGAGCGCUGCCAUUCCUCGUGCGUAGAGCUGGCGGGCACCGAGACUGGAAGGUCGGCUUGCGACUAUCCUCCUCCACAUCAUCAUCCUCAUCCUCCUCCUCAUCCUCAUUCAGACGCAGUUCCCUGUGGUGCGGCAACCGAGAGCGACAGCAUGGUGGCCAAGGAUUACCCGUUUUACCUGGUGGUAAAGAGAACGAACUGCUCGCUCGAGGUGCAGACGGAGCCUAGCAACAAGCGAGCGAAGCCUCUGUCUCGAGUCACGUCGCUGGCUAACCUCAUCCCACCGGUGAAAGCCGCUCCACUGAAGCGUAUUGGACAGACGCUGCAGCGCUCCAUCAGCUUCCGCAGUGAAAGCAGGACGGAGAUCAUGCCUCCUCGGCCGUGGAGCAGACAGGCACCGGCGGCCAGCACCAAGCGCCGAGACAGCAAGCUGUGGAGCGAGACCUUCGAUGUAGGACUGGGACAGAUGCUGUCCUCUAAAGAGAUAAAAAGGCAGGAGGCGAUUUUUGAGCUGUCUCAAGGAGAGCAGGACCUGAUUGAAGACCUCAAGCUGGCCAAAAAGGCUUACCAUGACCCGAUGCUGAAGCUCUCCAUUAUGACAGAACAUGAGCUCAACCAGAUAUUCGGCACCCUGGAUUCCCUCAUCCCGCUUCACGAAGAUCUGCUGAGUCGACUCAGAGAGGCCAGGAAACCCGACGGAUCUACAGAGCACGUGGGCCACAUUUUAGUGAACUGGCUGCCCUGCCUGGACUCCUACAACAGCUACUGCAGUAACCAGGUGGCCGCGAAAGCCUUACUGGAUCAUAAAAAGCAGGACCACCGGGUGCAUGACUUCCUGCAGCGCUGUCUAGAGUCGCCCUUCAGUCGCAAGCUGGACCUGUGGAACUUUCUGGACAUCCCACGCAGCCGGCUUGUGAAAUAUCCACUGCUGCUACGUGAGAUUCUCAAACACACACCUAACGACCACCCGGACCGGCAGCAUCUGGACGAGGCUAUCAACAUGAUCCAGAGCAUCGUGGCCGAGAUUAACAUCAAGACGGGCGAGUCGGAGUGCCAUUAUUAUAAAGAGCGUCUGCUCUACCUGGAGGAGAGCCAGAGAGACCUGCUAAUCGACAGCUCUCGCAUUCUCAGCUGCCACGGCGAGCUUAAGAACAACAGAGGAGCUAAGCUACACGUGUUCCUGUUCCAGGAUGUGCUGGUGAUCACGCGGGCCGUCACCCAAAACGAGCAGUUCUACUAUCAGCUCUACCGGCAACCCAUCCCUGUGCGGGAUUUAGAGUGGGAGGACCUGCAGGACGGCGAGAUUCGCCUGGGCGGCUCCAUCAGAGGGGCUUUCAGCAACACUGAGAGGACCAAGAACUUUUUCCGGGUGACGUUCCGCAGCGGAGGUCAGCUCCAGUCGCACUCCUUCCAAGCCAGUGACGCCUUCAACAAGCAACAGUGGCUGAACUGUAUACGGCAGGCUAAACUAGCGAUCGGCUCUCAGCCUUCCCAUCACAUGUCUCCUGGUCUGGAUAAAACUCUAGAGGAGCGCAUGGACCAAAGCGACAGCGACUCCUCAGAAUGUAGCAUGGACACCAACGACCCUGGUGCUGAGGCUGGAACGCAGCUGAUGGAACACACACACGUGGACGUGUGAACGCCACGCUGUCGACGUAAAGGUGAUCGGACAUCCACGUUGACCAAGCCGACCUGUACAGUAUUGUCACAGAGAAGCUGUCUGUACUUCAGUAGAAGCCACAGAGUAGAGAGAGCACUACUUUUUUCCUUACCACUACUUUAUUUUUCUGUCUUUUUCUGUCUGUCUGUCUCUCUCUGUCUGUGGUGCAUCCUGUCGCACUCUGAACUGUGAAAAUGUGUCAGGUUUCCUGUUGUGUGAGCAGGACUUGGGUGAAGAGGACUAAUUUGUCAUUCCUCAUAGCGCGACCCUCUGAGGAGAGGAAAGAUUCCACGUACAGAGAUGUAUUAUAGUUAUGUCCACGUACUGUGUUUCGUCUGCAAUAACCACCCAGACAAAACGACCAGAGGAAUGUUUUCACGACAAUCAAGACGUGGUGUUUGAGUGGCUCAAAGUGUUUUAAAAGCCUGAAGGGUUAUACUGACAUUCGUACAGUUAUUCAAGACCAAUCUUGAAGUUCUCAAGGUCAUGGAUGCUUUCCAUGCUUACCGAAGCAAGACAUGAGGAAAGUGAAGCCAAAACUGUGCAGCUUCGUGUCAAACGUGUUUCUACACGUCGUCCGACGUCAGAGCGCAAAAACAUAAACGUGGCUGCAUGUUACACAAAAAAGCUGUUUGUACAUGAAUUAAAUAAACUGUAGCCAUCAUGCUGUUCCCUGCAAAGAACUAAGUUUUAAUUAGAUAAGCUGCAUCCAGCCAGACAAUAGAGGCUAAUUCUAAUAAAGCACUUUGAUUAAGAAUAAAAAAAAAAAUCUUAAGAAAAAUCAGGUAACAACAAAAACAUCAGUUUUGUGAAAAUAGCAGAGUUGCAGACGCUCUCACUUGGUGUAAAGUUGAAAUCGCUUGUGCCAUGUUGCUCAGCUUAACUCGUGUCCUUUCCCUAAGUGUUGUGUGUAUGUGUGCCAUUGUAUCACAUCACAAUCUGCGAAAAGAAUUGCCUGUGUUUUAAUCCUGUGCAAGUUUACCUGUGGGCUCUCGUCGUUUCGUUCCACGUUCGAGGAAUCGGCAUCGCCGCUAUAAAAAUAAUUCAAAAAUACAGUAUAAUGUUUUUAUAGAGUUUUGUUUUUAUGUUUUUUGUUUUUUAAAGAAAUGUAUUAAAAUGUAUGCAGUAGUGUGGUUAUUUAUAGCUCAUUUUUUUUCACUUGAACUAACUAUGCUGUUCUUUUAUUUCAAGUGCUCAUAGAACAGGAAGAGUUACUACAGGUGAGCGAAAGCAGGUUUUAUAUACGAUCGGAUUUAAGGACAUGGUUUGAUAGAACGGAAGUAAAGCCAUACGGAGGGAUACGUGAACACGUGACGAGUGUGUUAUUGAGUGAGCAGUAUGUGUGUAUAUCGAUGGAAAGCUGGAGAGUGUAACGAGUACCAAAUAAAUGAUUUUAAAACA